AUGCCUAUGGCUGUUUUUAGAAGCACGGUGGCUGAUUGUGAUCUUAUAGACAUGGGAUUUGCAGGAAGUCGCUUCACCUGGAGCAAUAAGUUCACGAAGGAACGCCUUGAUCGAGGCUUUCAAACACCACAAUGGAGAGCCUUAUUACCACACAGUCGAGUAGUCACUCUCAACCCUAGUGAAUUUGACCACAGCCCUCUUCUCAUCAUGCAAUCCUGGGCCAAACCUUCAACAGGAAGUGCCUUGCAGCAGGUGGUGACAAAAACCAAGGAGACAAGCCAUGAACUUAUGAAAUGGUAUAGGGCUGAAUUUGAUAAUCAAAGAGUUGAACUUCGUACUAUUCAGGAGAAACUAAAUGAUCUCAUGCGCCUACCCUACUAUGUGGAGCAGUAUGAGGAACCGAGAACGUUGCAUGUGAAGCAUAGUCAGAUUUUGGCUCAACAGGAAAAGUAUAGGAGGCAAAGGUCUAGGGCAUUAUGGCUUAAGGAUGGUGAUCGGAAUUCUGCAUAUUUUCAUCGGAGAGCUACCAAUCGUCGAAGUAAGAAUUUAAUUCGGGGGCUAAAUGAUGAACAAAACCAUUGGCAAACUGAACCAAAAGAAAUCCAAAGGCUCUUACUCUCCUACUUCUCCCAAGUCUUCUCAACUGAGAGCUGUAAUGGGGAAGCGCUUGCACAAGUAAUUGCAGCAACACCGGUAAAGGUCACACCUGACAUGAACAAAGAUUUAUUGCAGCCUUAUACUGAAUAUGAAAUCAAACAGGCUCUCUUCCAAAUGCACCCUUCAAAGAGUCCUGGACCUGAUGGGCGCAUAAUUUCAGAUAAUACUCUAGUGGCCAAUGAAGCAGCCCACUUCAUGCACAAACUACGUCAUCAAGAGGCAAGUUUCUUCUCCUUGAAGCUAGAUAUCAGUAAGGCGUAUGACCGCCUUGAAUGGCCUUAUCUCCAAGCGAUUUUGGAAAAACUUGGUUUUCACCCUACUUGGAUUAAUAUGAUUAUGAGCAAUGUCAAAUCGGUAACCUACUCCAUAUUACAGCAAGGUGAGCCAACACCUCCCAUCUUCCCCUCCCGAGGCAUCAGGCAAGUUGAUCCAUUAUCACCAUACCUUUUUAUCCUAUGUGCAGAAGGACUCUCUGCUCUUAUCACUCGUGCAGCUCAGACAAACCAAAUCACAGGUCUCCAAAUGUGCCCUCAAGCUCCGACGCUUCACCACCUAUUCUUUGCUGAUGACAGUUUAUUGUUUGGCACUGCUACUAUGGAUGAGUGUGUGGCUUUUAAACAAAUCUUAUGGACCUAUGAAAAGGCUUCAGGACAAAAAGUUAAUUUCCAAAAGAGUAGCGUAGUCUUCAGUCGAAAUGUUGACAUGGAGCUCCAACAAAAUCUAGCAUCUAUUCUUGCAGUCCAAAGAGAAGAAGAACAUGACAAGUAUCUCGGAUUGCCAUUAAGGGUUGGCAAGUCGAAAAUAGCAAACUUUGAAUACAUUAAAGAAAGACUGUCCAAGAAGUUGAUCAGUUGGAAAGCCAAGGUUCUUAGUUGUGCAGGCAAAGAAAUUCUCAUCAAGGCCAUUGCUCAAACGAUGCCGUUAUAUGCAAUGAACUGCUAUCUGCUUCCUAAAAGCCUUUGUGAUGACAUCCAUCAAUUAUGUGCCUCAUUUUUUUGGGGUGAUACUGAUGAGAAAAAGAAGAUUCACUGGCGAAGUUGGGAGAAGCUAUGCUUAACCAAACAGGAGGGAGCGGGCUGUACAAGGCAAGAUACUUUCCACAUUGCUCCUUUUGGGAGGCAGAACUUGGAGACUCACCAUCUUUCUCUUGGAGAAGCAUUAUACAAGGAAGACAAAGUCCUAAAGGCGGGGAUUCAAUGGAAGAUAGGCGAUGGGACUCAAGUGGAUAUAUGGAAUGAUAAAUGGAUUCCUUUAUCUGCCCCUACUCCAAUUGUUCGACCAUCCAAUACUACUUUUAACAAGGUGGCUGAUUUAAUUGAUGCGUCGAGCCGGCAAUGGAAGUCCACCCUGGUGUACAGCCUAUUUCCUAACCAUAUUGCAGAGCGGAUUUUAUGUAUUCCUCUUGGUAGAAACCCUAGUCCUGACAGACUAAUAUGGAGUCCGGAAAAGAAAGGCUAUUAUUCGGUGAAGAGUGCCUAUUGGAUUGCUCGAAUGGAUGUGAUGCAGAAUGUUCUAGUUUCUCCCUCAGCUGGGGACCCUUAUAAGGAACUAUGGAAGCAUAUUUGGAACGCAAGAGUCCCUGGCAAAGUCAGUAUAUGUGUGUGGCGAGCAUGCAAUAAUUUGAUUGCCACUAGGGACCGAUUGGUCACCAAAGGAUACACUGGAGAAGUACAUUGCCUACUAUGUCCACAUGGUAUUGAAGAUGUUUAUCAUCUCUUCUGCACAUGCCCUAUAGCUUCCACGAUUCUAGCUGCACCUCCGUUCAACCUACAAAAUGAUCGGUCCUCAGGAUGUAGCCUAAAAGAUUGGUUGCUUGAGAAGGCCCUUACUCUAAGUGGUGAAGUGUUUGCUAAACUAAUGAUCGUACUGUGGGCACUUUGGAAAAAUCGAAACAACCUCCUAUGGCAGGGGACACAACAAACUGCACAGGAUCUCCUUCUAAGUAGUCUUUCUUGGCUGGAGGAAUUUCAAAAGGCUCGGGCUCCUACCAGUCAAAAGCUAAAGCAACCGAGAUGUUUCUGGAAACCACCUGUGUAUGGGAGUCUAAAGCUAAACGUGGAUGCAUCCUUCUUACCUAACCAAACCACAGGAGGAGUGGGAGGAGUACUACGUAAUGAUACUGGGCAAGUUCUUGCUGCAUUUGCUGGGCCCAUUAUGCAUGCUGCUUCUCCAAAACAAAGCGAAUUGUAUGCCAUAAGAGCAGGUCUUGACCUGGUGAAUACUCUACGUACAUGCACAAGAAGUUAUUAUCGAAAGUGA